AUGUCACUGUUCCUAACAGAAAAGGAGCCUCUAUUGGCUAGGACAAGGAAGUUGGAAGAAGAGAAUGAGAUUUCAACUCACUCUUUACUGUCCCACACAUUCUUCAAGUCUAUGUUCAGUCCAUUUCAAGCUUGUUUUCCCAACAAUUUGAUGCAAUCACCAAAUGAAACGCUUGUUCAAGAAGGCGACGACAUAAUCGAUUAUUCAGACGAUGAUGCACCGCUUCCCGCUUUACCAUCAGAACAGUAUUCGCAUCCCUUGUCGUCACUCUCUUCAGCCGAGCGAUUGGAUGGUUUGAGAAAACAAAUGCGGAAACACAACAUCGGAGUUUACAUAAUUCCAUCUGAAGAUGAACACCACUCUGAAGAAACGGCAUUGUCAGAUAGAAGGAGGGAAUUCAUAUCGGGUUUUACAGGUAGUGCUGGUGUUGCCAUCGUUACCUUAACUGAUCCAGACACGCUUCUGGGUGAGGCAAUCUUAUCAACUGAUGGAAGAUACUUUUUGCAAGCGCAGAAACAAUUGGACCUUAAACUCUGGAAAUUGAACAAGCAAAAUACAACUGGUUAUCCCUUGUGGUAUCAAUAUGCGGUUAAAGCAGCUGUCGCAAAUGAAUUUAGUAACGUCCUUUCAUGUGAUCCCAGAACCCUUAGUUUUGCAUUGGGAGAAUUCUUCAGACAGAGCCCUUCGGAUUUUGAGUUUAGGCCGUUAUCAGGAAUCAAUCUUGUUGAUGAGGUUUGGGGCUCGGAAAAACCCAAGAGGUCAUUGGGGCCAAUCUACGUUUGGGAUUUAAAAUACAGCGGCGAACAUGCUAAUGCUAAAAUUAAAAAGGUAAGGUCAAUAUUGAAAGAAAAAGGGGGUACUCACUAUUUGGUGACUGAGCUUGAUAGCAUUGCUUGGCUCUUCAACUUGCGUGCUGAUACCGAUAUUCCUUUUGCCCCUGUGUUUUUUUCUUAUGCUAUCGUUACCUCAACUUCAGUCGCUUUAUAUGUUGACCAUCAAAAAUUGGAAAACAGUGGCUCUGAAUUGAAGAAAUAUUUGUCAACAAUUGAGAGUUUAACAAUUGCCGAGUAUGAUGAGUUCUAUCGCGAUGCAUCUCAGUUACAAGCAACAGUUUUCGACCCGGAUUUGAGGAUUGUACUCCCAACCAAAGAAGCAACAUCAUGGGCAUUGUAUGAUGCAAUUCCAGACUCUUUUAGCAAACGCCACAUCAUCCAUGACUCAAUCAUUGCAAAUAUCAAGAUUUUCAAGAACAAAACGGAAUCUCAUAAUGCGAAACUUGCUCAAUACAAGGACUCACUCGCUUUUAUCUUAUUCACCAGCUGGUUAGAACAUCAAUUGAUUAAUAAACAUGCAAAAAUCACCGAGUAUGACGCAUCGCUCAAGAUUUACAGCAUUCGAAAAAAUUUGCCCAAUUUUAAAGGUUUGAGUUACGAAACAAUCUCCCUGACAGGUGCCAACGCAGCCAUAAUACACUAUGCGCCUACAAAAGAUCACAGCGAUAUCAUUGACCCUCGAAAAGUGUAUUUGUUGGACUCUGGUGCCCACUAUCUUGAGGGCACAACUGAUAUUACAAGAACAUAUCUUUUUGACAAGCGAGCUGUCACAGAUGAACUUAGAAAAUACUACACUCUUGUUUUAAAGGGCCAUUUAGCAGUCGCAAUGGCAAAGUUUCCCGCGGGAUCAAAAGGAACAGGUAUCGUUUUGGACUCUUAUUCUCGUCAACCGUUGUGGAAUCAUGGACUUGACUAUGUACACGGUUUGGGGCACGGAGUGGGGAGUUUUGGAUUAGUUCACGAAGGACCCUUAUAUAUUCUGCCCACUGUUAACGAUACAAGCAAGCUAGACUUGUUCCAGCCGGGCGCCAUAUUGACAGAUGAACCAGGCUUUUAUAUUGACGGAGAUGUUGGGUUUAGGGUCGAAAGCGAGUUGGAAAUCACGGAAAUUGAUGAUUCGUUUGGGAAAACAAAAAAUGGAGGCAAAUUCUUGGGGUUCAAAUAUUUGACAAAAGUUCCCUUCGCAAAAUCGUUGAUUGACACAAAGUACUUGUCGGAGAUUGAAAUCCGGUGGAUUAAUGAAUAUCACCAAAGUAUUCGAGAAGAUUUCAGCGAUAAGUUAUUAGAGUUGAAUAAUAAGAGGGCAUAUAAUUGGCUACAAAAGGAAACCAGUCCGAUUUCUUAA